AUGGACACUUCCCGCGAAAUUGUAGUUAUAACAGGUUUUGGUCCUUUUCGACAAUAUGUAGUGAAUCCAAGCUGGGAGGCCGCUAAGGGUUUGAAGAUUGCAGGACUUGGCUUGAACAUAGAGGUCCACAUUAAAGAGAUUCCUGUCAGUUAUGCCAAAUGUCAGCAAGUCCUCGAUAACAUCUGGCAGACAAUGACUCCAAAGAUGGUCAUUCAUUUAGGCAUAGCCCUAGGGGCCAAAGGCAUUACACUGGAGCAAACAGGGAAGGACUACUGCUACAAAGACAGGGAUGUCAGUGGUCUGUGUCCUGCUGGUCACUGCUGCGUUGAGGGAGGACCAGAACAACUGAACUCCUCCAUAGACAUGAGGUCCCUUAGCAAGCAUCUAAAAAGUAUGGGGCUCGAUGUCAUCUACUCCAGAGACGCUGGGAGGUACCUGUGUGAUUUUGUAUACUACUAUUCAUUGUACCAUGGGAAGGGAAAGGCUGCAUUGAUUCAUGUGCCAGCAUCAGGAAGCCUGGCAAGCCCAGAGAGACUGGUACCACAACUCCAGACCAUCAUCCAGAAUCUGUUACAACAGCUGGACAGCCCUGCACACACAACCUGAGGAUACACAGACGGCACACAGGUAGAAAACAC